AUGGCUCCACAACCGCUUCCAUUCCCGGGCUUUACCCCGAUAUCUGAUCGUGUAUACCUUCGCAAUGGCCACGAAAAGGCCAAGCCAGCUCCAGCCGACGAGCCAACAACAAUCCUCAUUUCCGGCUGGGGCGACGGCAUGCCAAAACACGUUACAAAAUAUUCAGACGGCUACCAUGAGCUCUACCCAUCUGCGCGGAUCAUCGUGGUCCUAUCGCGCACCUUCCAAGCCACCAACCAACCCGAGGAAGCCAGAAUUCAAGCCAUGAUGCCAGUCAUCGACACCGUCUUCCCGACGCCAACCGGCGACGGAAACGAAAAGGAACGUCUGCUCGUACACGCUAUGUCAAAUACAGGCGCCAUCUUCGCCGCCGCUACCAUUAUCGCAUAUCAGCGUCGCCACGGCACAGACAAGCCAUUCCCCCACCCGCUCAUGGUGUUGGAUUCCACGCCUGGAAGUCUGCACUUCGCCUCUCAGGUUAUCAGAUGGUCGCGUGCCAUGGCGGUCGGCACGGCCAAAUACUUCCCUUGGCCUUUCAUUAUGACCCAUGGUAUGUGGUAUCUUUUCCUCUGGGCGAACUACCUGUGGGGAGUCGUGCGCGGCGCGGUGCCUUCCGGUGUGUGGGCGGAUCGCAUCAUAAAUGAUAAGGCCUGUGUCACGACCGAGUCUAGCAGAGUUUACCUUUACUCCAAGGAAGAUGAUAUCAUUGGUUACAAGGAUUUGGAGGAGAAUGUUGCUCAUGCCAAGACGUUGGGAUACUCGGUUGAUCUUGAGAUGUUUGAGGGUUCCUCGCAUGUCGGCCAUAUGAGACUUCAUCCUGAACAAUAUUGGAAUAAGGUUGCCAGCUCUUGGAAGCAGGCUGUGGAGAAAUAA